GGGCUCAACAGAGUCGAUACGCAAUGGAAUAGAGCUCAUCCCGAGUGGUGGCGGAGUCAGUCUGAAGCGGAACUUGUCUCUGUCGAACUGUCGAUGCCGCAGCACAGGAAAUGCCUUGCGGGGUCUAGUUAGUCAUUUAGCUUUCUGAUCUCUCCGAGGAUCUCUUCAUCUGAACGCCCAGCUCGAAAAGGAGAAGAAAAACUAAAGUCCGAGGAAAAUAACUGAAGCUGCGGGACACACUCCGUGCGUCAGGAUGCUCGGGAUAAAUCAGCAUUUCACUUUGACUGCAGCGGCAGUCGCUGUGCUGCUGGCGCAUGCGUUGUCCUUCAACGUGGACCAGAAAAAUGGUUUGUCAUUCAGCGGGCCACUGGAGGACAUGUUCGGCUACACCGUCCAGCAGUUUGAGAACAGCGAGGGAAAAUGGGUCCUGAUUGGAUCACCGCUGUCGGGCCAGCCAGCUAAACGGACAGGAGAUGUCUACAAAUGUCCUGUGGGGAAGGGGGACAACACAUGUGUCAAACUGGAGCUGCCUGAAAACACAACAGUUCCCAACUUAAAUGAAGUCAAGGAGAACAUGACCAUGGGAACCACACUGGUGACCAAUCCCAAUGGAGGAUUUCUGGCGUGCGGUCCUCAGUAUGGCUACAUGUGUGGGCAGCAGCAGUACAUCUCAGGAGUCUGUGCGAAUGUCAGCUCUUCCUUCCAGAUCCUCAACUCUGUGGCGCCGGCCGUGCAAGAGUGUGCGAAGGAGCUGGACGUUGUGAUGGUUCUGGAUGGAUCUAACAGUAUUUACCCCUGGACCAGUAUCAUCAACUUUCUGCAACGCUUCAUCGUGAAAAUGCAAAUUGGACCUAAACUCUCACAGGUGGGAAUAGUGUCCUACGGUGAGACUGUGACUCACCGUGUCAACUUGAGCCAGUUUGACAACACUCGUGAUCUGCUGGAAUUCGUCAAAGAACUUCCUCAGCAGACCGGCUUCAAGACGAUGACCUUCCUUGCCAUUGAUACUGCCAGGAGGGAGGCCUUCAUGCCAGAACGGGGUGCACGACCUGGGGUGAAGAAAGUCAUGGUGAUUGUUACUGACGGAGAGUCACAUGACCGCCAUAAUCUAGAAAAGGUCAUCAGCGCCUGUGACAAUGAUAACAUUGAGAGGUUUGGCAUUGCUGUUAUGGGAGACUACAAUCGUCAGAACAAAAGUAAAGAAGAAGUGCAGAAGUUUAUCAAGGAGAUUGAGUCCAUCUCCAGUCCGCCAUUAAGAGACCACUUCUUCAACGUGUCUGAUGAGCUGGCGCUGUUGACCAUUGUGGAUGCUCUGGGAAACAGGAUUUUUGCCUUAGAAGCCACCACCGGCAAUUUCACCUCCUCCUUUGAGAUGGAGAUGUCCCAAGCUGGGUUUAGUGCACACACUUCUAAAGAAGGCGUGUUACUGGGAGCAGUGGGAGCGUACGACUGGAACGGGACGGUGGUAAUGCAUACUGCGGGGGGAACAAUCAUUCCAGGGAAGAACCAGUUUCACGACCCAAAGAGCGAGGCCGGGUAUGAAAGACUGGCUGGGUACAUUGGAUAUGAUGUUCAGUCAGCAUCCACCCCUGAGGGAGUGCUGUACAUCACGGGUGCCCCGCGGUACAACCACACAGGCCGGGUUGUAAUCUACCGCCUAAAUGAAAUGAACGAGGUCGUCGUGUCGCAGAUACUGAAAGGAGAACAGAUUGGUUCCUACUUUGGCAGCGUCCUGCAGACUGUCGACGUGGACGGGGAUUCCUACACAGAUCUCCUCCUGGUCGGAGCGCCGAUGUACAUGGGCUCAGAAAGAGACGAGCAGGGACAAGUCUAUGUUUAUACAGUCAAACAGGACGGCCACUUUAAGCACGAGUUCACUUUAAAGCCUGUCAAUCAGUCCUGUUGUACUGCCCACUCAGCCAGCUGCCAUAAUAAAAAUGAACCCUGCGGUGCCCGGUUUGGUACAGCCAUUGCAGCGGUGUCAGAUCUCAACAAGGACGGAUUUAAUGAUGUGGCAAUUGGUGCACCGUUUGAGAACGAUCACCGAGGAGCCGUCUACAUCUAUCAUGGAGACAAGAUGUCACUGAAAGAGAAAUUUGUGCAGCGGAUCCCGGCAGGUGGGGACGGUGAAAAAGUGAAAUUCUUCGGUCAGUCCAUACAUGGAGUCAUGGAUCUAAAUGGAGAUGGAAUCACUGAUGUUACUAUAGGAGGUCUGGGAGGGGCGUCACUGUUCUGGUCCAGAGAUGUCGCCGAACUCCGCGCCAACAUGACUUUUGACCCUGUUAAAAUAAACCUGCAGCAGGCACAGUACCAGUGCGAACAUGGUGGACGCAAAUCUGUGUGUGUGACAACUGAAGUGUGUUUCGUCUACAGUAUCAAAUCUGACAAGCAGGACUUAAAAGCUGCCUUUGUACCGGUCCGCUAUGAUUUGACUCUGGAUGCUCUGCGUGCAAAAGCCAGGGCCUCAUUUAUUGACUCGGAUGAUAAAAGUGAUCGUAAGAUUGCCAAGGGCCUCAUCAUCAAACACGGAGGCACAUUUUGUGUGCAAGAGACCUUCAUGAUGUCGGCCCGGCUUGAUUUCCGAGACCCGCUCAUGGUGUCUCUGGAGUUUGGACUAGCUGAUGAGGACCAAGGCCCCGUCCUGGACGAAAGCCUUCCCAGAGCCAUCAAUAAGACAAUUCCCUUAGUGGACUGUGGCAGCGAUGACAAGUGCAUUGCUGACCUCUCUCUCAAAGCAGAGCCUAGUGUGAAAAGCAUGGUGAUCACAUCAAAAAAAGAUAAGAUCGAUGUGAACAUCAACAUUAGAAACAGCAAAGACAACGCAUACAACACCAAAGUUAUCCUCAACUUCACGCCGAACAUCAACUACGUUAAAGUAGAGCCGGAGAAGGGAUGUUCUCUGAAUCAUACCAAAGUGGAGUGUGCUGUUGGGUACCCGUUCCUGGGAAGCAAUGUCGAGGAAAAUUUCAAAGUGAAAUUUGAGAUGAAUCCCAAACACAUUCAGGAGGUAAUUCAGAUAAAUGUGACAGCAACAAGUGACAGUGAGGAGCUGGCUUCCACCCUGCAUGACAACACAGUGCAAAUCUCCAUCCCUGUGAAGUAUGAAGCUGGAAUCCUAUUUUCAGCGCAGCUUGCGGCUGAGCACAUUGUAGUAAAAGAGGGUGAGCAGUAUGCCAGUGUAUUCAAUGACACCAGGAUGAUUGGAGAGGAGAUCAACGUCAACUAUACGGUGGUGAAAACAACUGAUGUGUUGGCUCCGCCCCUUGACCUCACAGUGACGUAUCCUCAUCUGUCGCCUCGGCAGAACAACUUGCUGUACCUCACACACAUAACCACCAGCCCACAGGUGAAAUGUGAUGCAGCGCGUUGGAUUAACCCCUAUAAAAUUAACCCAGAGAUUAGAGAGCCCAAUCCACACAAAGAAACACUCAGCGUCUUCUUACUGACCUGCUCUGCAGAGCUUUACUGUGCCUCUUUUACCUGCUCCAUCCCCGAGACUAGGAUCAGUCAUGUCAAUGUUACAUUCAGACUGUGGAAACCUACAUUCAUUAAGGGGGAGUUUUCCUAUCUGCACAUGUUGGUGAAUGGGACUCUGGGGAUCAAAAACACAAACCUGUUUGAACUGAACAGGAGUGACACGAGCAGAAUUGUGAAGAUCCAGGUUUCGAAGGAGACUUUAGGAGGAAUCCCUAUUUGGGUCAUCAUAAUCAGCAUCCUGAUAGGACUGCUGAUCUUGGCACUUGUCAUCUUCGCUCUUUGGAGGUUUGGCUUCUUCAAGAGAAAAUCCAGGGACUACACAAAGGAUGAAAUAACUGACUGAAGUGUUCAGACAGCAAGCAGCUCUGUGAACGACUGCUUCCAGAGCCAUUAGGUCGCACGAAGUGACAAGCCGAUUUAUUAAACGGACAGUUGGACAGACGGAGGAGACACCAAGACCCACAAAACACCUCAGUACUACAACACAGUGACUACCUGGAAAACGCAAGUACUGUUCACUGUUUCCUGCGCAGGUCUGGGUGAAAUAAUGUUUGCAAAUACUUCCAAACUCUUGUUCUUUGAUGCUUUGAGGACUUGGUUACAACACGGGGACAGUUCAGAUGGUCUCACAUACAAAAAGUGCUCAAACAGAAACUUGCUUUUAAUAGCGCAACAGCUUUGGCACUCAACGUUACCGUUAAAAAAAAAAUACAACCAUCUGAGUCUCCAUCCAAAACAAAGGCUAAGAGGUAUGUGCAAACAUUGUUUGUUCUUGGUCAGCCUCUGUCCAGCAGAUAUUAGUGUAAAGUCAGGUGAGGCCGUUCAAGAAGAGGAACCAGAGACGAGGAGGAAGACAUCACUUACCAGGCACCUUUUGGCGAAGUAAAAAACAUCUGUAUCACAUACGGCAGUUUUGCAAAACCUUCAGAGCUACAAUAGCUGAACUCCAGCUUAAGAGGAAAUAAAGAACUCAGGUUUUUCGGUAUGAAGAUCCAAAGUCACCUCACUUACUUUCUAUACCAUUACAGCAACAAUGUCCAAUAGUCUGUUUGCGUCUGAGACAAUAUGUGAACUUUUUAUGUGUUGGAGCAUACUGUCUGAUAGCUUGGACUCCUGUGUUAAAGCUUAUGUGCCUGCUUGGUUUUAUAAAACACUGUACCUUUGAGCAUUUUACAGCAUUCUGUUUGACACUCUUGUUGAGUUUUAGCAAUAUAACAUGGCACAUUCUUCAUCCUUAAUUUCAAAAUGUUGGCUAAAGAGACUAACCUGAACACGAGAUUUUGACUCAGCAAAGGUGCGGCCCGUAUGCUUUUCUUUUUCAUACUUUUGUCAUCUUAGUUAACCAGUUCAAAAACAAAAGUCUGCGAUGUUCAAUGUAAUUAGUAUCACUUUUGUUAUUGAGGGAUACAGCAAGCUGCGGCUUCAAAAUCCAAGCCCUUCAUUGUACUGUAAAUAUAUGUAAGUGUUCAAAAAUGUAAAGCUUAAAAAUGUACAUAAUUGUGUUUGCUUUAAUUCGUGUAAUUUAAGAGAUGUUAUCCACAAGUCUUACCUUUUUUUUGUGUGUAAUCAGUGGUCAGAGAACAUGAUUUUGCUCAGGUGCUACAAGUAUAAUGAAUGAUGACAUUAACAUUGACAUAUAGAAACAUUACCUGGCCUAUCUCACAAUUUCAAAGCUGAUGCAAAUAUGUAAAUAUUGUUAUAUUUUGAUAAGAAAAUGAAAGUAUAAUUAUUCUGUUCUGAAAAUAUACAUGAAGAUGAGGGUUUGUAUCCACUACUUUGGUUUUAAGCCUGUUGAAUGACUGUGUUUCGAAUGCUGAGGCUUUAACAUGAUUGAGAUGAGAUACGACUGUAGCGUAUUUGAUUUCAACCUUUUUCAUUUACAAAAUAGGGGGUAAUAUUCCUCCAUUAUAGAGAUAUACAUGUAUGUGUCACUUUUCACCAGCAGAUAUCUGUGUUACCAUAUAGUAAAUGGUAUUCACUGGUAAAUGGUUUGCAGUGUAGACAAGCUACAACAUGUACACAAGGCAUUAGCAUAUUAUAGGCUCAUUAUCACCCCCAUAUACGGUACACAGUACCAUACAAAGAUAUUCAUUCAGGUUUCCUGUCUUGUUUCCAGAAGUUGCACAGCUACACAGUGUGUGUUAAAAGAGAUUAUAUUGUAUGUUGGGGAGACUGAGUUUCUGCCUCUUUCUUGACUUUUUCCCCUCAUUGUCACACAGUCAUUGUGGCUGAGGGGAGACAGCAAGAAGACGAGCUUUUGAAUAUUUAAAUACUCCUCAGCGCUCACUCUCCACUGUUGAACUGAAGCACAUGUAAUAAAUUGUAUGUACAGAAUGUGUAACUGUUAAGAUUGUAAGGAUACAUCAGGCUUAUGCACGAGGGUGGAGUCACGAGUCUUACUUUGUCCACUUCCAUAGAGGGAGGAAGUUGGGGGUUAUUUUCUCAGAUCUUGACCUCUAUUAGCUUCCGAGAGAGAGUCGAGGCGAGAGUAAGGCGCAAAGUGAGAGUCGUGAGCUCCACCCCAGCCUUUAACACUGCUGUGAAGUCUUCAUUGUAAUGCACUGGUUUGUCCUCAUCAGCACAGAAAUGAAAAGAAUCUUAUGUACAAAAAUAAAGACUUUUUACAAG